GAACCAACUACCUAUUAAAGAUUGAACCAACCUCUUCCCUCUUUUUUUUCUCUUGAAUUCAUUCUAAAGCGCUACUCGUAUACCCUCUCCUCAGCUCUUCUCCGCCCAUCAUCGCAUUUACCAGAUUCCUCGCCGCCCACCAUGUCUCUCAAGAACGACGCCUUCCCUUCCUCCGAGGCCUUCGAGGCCAUCAACGCCGCUCUCAGCAGCGACGAUGCCGGCCGCAAGGAUGCCAUCAAGAACGGCAAGGCUGUCUUUGCAUUCACCCUUAAGAACAAGGCGGGUGAGACUGCCGACUGGCACAUCGACCUCAAGGAGAAGGGCACCGUUGGCACCGGCCUCGGCGAGAACCCCAACGUCACACUGUCUCUUUCCGACGAGGAUUUCGGCAAGCUUGUUACUGGCAAGGCCAACGCCCAGCGUCUCUUCAUGUCCGGCAAGCUAAAGGUCAAGGGCGACGUCAUGAAGGCCACCAAGAUGGAGCCCAUCCUGAAGAAGGCUCAGACCAAGGCCAAGUUGUAAAGGCUGCGGGAUGGGGGGGAAAAAAGAGAAAGAAAGAAACAAGCAAAAAGAAAAACAAAUUACUAAACGGCAUUUUUGUUUUAUUAAUGUAUCAUACCAUCAUUGUUACACGCUGCAGCCCACGGCUAUCCCUGAGAUAUGCUGUUUGUUUUCCUUUUGCCCGCUGCAUGAGCUGGGAGGAAAUUGAUUAUAUAUAGUGCCUUAUGAAUGUCGGCAUAGACGAGAAUACCAUACUCGGCUGGAUACGUAAUCUAGCUU